AUGGCGGACGAUCAGAAUUCUCUCCUCGACCUAGCCGACUUCGAGCUAGAUCCGUAUGUCAGCGGUCCACUGCCGCAGAACGACCAAGAUGAUCAGUUCGGCGACGCUGGCUCCAGGCGAUCACCACUGCAAGGCCAGUCGCUGAUGCCAGGCCAAACCGGCUCCAACGAUUACUCGCUCGACCUUGCCGGCAACCUGUCGAACACGUACCAUCCCACGAGCGCCCCAGCGCAGUCCCUGAUGCCACACCACUCAGAAUUCCCCAACUACCAUUCGCCUGACCUCACUGGAAACCUCUCCGACGUUUUUCACUUCGGCGCAAACCCGUACCACACCAGCGGCGGUGCGCCUGACCCUCACGCUCAACCUGCUCUGCCUGACCGAGUCGCCUCUUCACCUCGGCGCUGGCAGUCCUUCAACAACUGGAACAUGCCAAACGUGGUCUGUGUCGACCCAUUGUACCCACCGCCUGGCAUGAACUAUCACCCAUCCGCCACCCCUUAUGCCAACACAAGCAACGGACAGUACGGCACGCGACACACUCAGAUGGGCAGGGCUCCACGGUUCGAACACUUGAACCAGCAGCCACUUGUGCGUCCAUUCCCGGAUCAGCAUCUGCACACGGACAUGUUCGACAUGCACCAGUCUCGAUCAGGACCGUCCACACCCACAGUUCUGUCAGGUCCAGCGGUGGUCGAAAGUGUCUUGCGCGCAAAGCGUAUGCAAAAGCAGAGUCUCGGACAGCCACGGGAGCAUGCUCAACAGGCGUCAGCAAGGCGUCCUCUCUCAGUACCUCAUCAAGACAGUAACCACAUCGACGCUCGUCUGCGCUCACCCGUGCAGAAUAUCACCCAGGCCACGCGUCCCAGCAACAUCUCUCCCUCGACACAAGCCGCCUCCCCAUACAACAACACCCUUGCGGUUGAGACACCAAACCAGAUCGGUCCCCAUCUGCGUUCAUCUGCACCCAAAGCCACUCGGACUACGCGCUCGAGCGGCAAUCUCCAUCAAACUCAAGCUCGAUCUCCAUACAACAACGGGCUCACAACGGCUCCGACCCAACCUGCUCCGGCUCAAACCAACCUGGCGCCUCAUCCGACUGCUCAACCCGGCCCGAACACCACAGCAGGGCAAGGCCAAUACCAGUACGCGCCGCACCCUUCCCUGAUCAACGCCCAGGCUUGCAGGGAGUUCAUCGCCAGUCGCAAGAUCGCCAACGCGAAGUCUGUGACGAUCAAAGCGUCCGACGAUUGGGUCCAGGUGGACGCUCUGAAACAGCGUCAUAUCGAGGCAAUUUUCCACGCGGUGACGGCGCAGUGGGACCAUAGCCCCGCAGGCUGCGAAACGAUGAGCGCUGAAGGAAUGAAGCGCUACCGUAAGCAACAGCAGGAGGCAUAUGCGAAGGCUCUAGGCAAGAUGGAGGACGCCGAGACCAGGCAGGCUUAUGGGGUGAGCCAAAAGACUCUGGACGUGGUCGUCGCCAAACCGAAGCAGCAGAACAAGGAUGUGCCGCAAAGCCCUCUGCACAUCCAGAAGUGCAGCGCCAGGAUUGCGAACAUAGUUCAUGUCAUCGCAAGCAACAAGCUUGUUGCGAAGGACUUCCUUGAUGGGGUGAACCUCGACGACCUUGCGCGCAACCCUCUUUACGUUCUGCAGAAGAAGGUCGGAUCACUGAAGAGCAACGGCCGCCGCAAAAUUACCAAAGACGAGACCUACACUGAGCUCGAGGACCUCAAGCGGAAGAGCGGGAUUGUCGAGCCGAAGGGCGGGAAGCGAAAGCGAGGGCCGAAGACUACUCAAGAGGUGGAGGUCCAAGAUGAGGAGGACGAGGACGAGGACGAGUUUGCCGACGAAUACCUAGAGGAAGAUGAUGACGAUGACAUGAGGAGCGAUAUCAUCGUCUUGGUAGGAAAGCCGGCGAAGCGCCGCAAGAGGAGUGAUAAGUGA